GAGUGGCAGGAAAAGGCAAGCAAAGUCGAGCAGCUGGAGAAGAACACCUUGGCUUUGCAGAACACGAUCGACCACCUCGAGCAUCGGCUGGAGAUCGCUAAUGUUGAGAAGAUAGAUGCAGAGGAGCAGCUGUUCAAUAUCCAGUCGCAGAGGACGCCGUUCGAUCCCAAGCCGCCCAAGCUACAGGUUCCUCUAGCGCCAGCUGAGAAUCGACAGAGCACGCGCACAAGCAUGAGCACCAAGACGAGGCAGAGCGACGUUCACAUUGAGCAGUUGCGGACUGCCAUUAUCGAACGCGAGGCCACCAUCGGAGAGAAGGACAGGGCGUUACGUAUGGUCGAGAGGCAGCUGGAGCACCACCAACUGCUUCUCCAAGCCGAGAUCAAGCGGCAUGCUACCAUAACGCUUCUCGCUGACAUUGAUGACGACCCGCUCCCCGAUCUAACAUCGCUCGCCUCGAAAGAGGAUAUUGAGCGUUGGAUAGAGCGACUCCAGAACCGUCUGAAGAAGGAGAGGGAGAAAUCAAAGAGCGAAGGGAAGAAGCCCAUCGGAGACCUCGAAUCGGUGGUAGAAGACCUGCGAAAAGAGAUUGAUUUCUAUGUCCGCGAGAUCAUAUACUACAAGUUGGACAUCAGGGGCUAUAAGUCCGACAUCAAGAAGCUGAAGAGCUUUGCGGCUAGGAUGGGCAAC